AUGAUUUUAGGAAGAGAAUGCGCACAAAACUUCCAGUGGUAAGUUGACUCAUCUGGCAUGGUAUAGUACUUCAUGUAGGAGCUUCUAUGGCGCAAGCUCCUUUCACCUGUGAGUUCGUGGGUUUGAUUCUCGCUACGGACUCAUGCGAAAAGAGUCCGUCAACGCUCUGCCGAAUGUCGUGGGUUUUCUCCGAGUGCUCGGGUUUCCUCCCACAGGGAAAGUUGACAGGGUGGGUUAGGAUGAACACGGUUAAGAAAGCUGUAUCACAAUAGACAAUUCCAGCUAGCGACUAUAUUUUUUAUCUAGACAAGAAAGACGAAAUAUAUCAUUAUAGCUCAAAAGAGCUUCCUAAAAUGAGUAAAACUGCAAAGUUUGGUUGCGAAAUGUUGUAAAAUACGGAAAAUAUAGCCCGGUGAAAUUAGCAAAUUUUGAGUAUUUUAGUAUUACGCGCGGUAAAAAUAACCACUUUCGGCUCAAAAAUGGUAAAAUACGAAAAUCACAAAAUUUUCAAUUUUUUCCCUUUGUCAGGCAAUUUUCGUCUUUAGAUUGCUUUUGUUUAGCAUGUGUUGUUCCAAUGUCAAGGUUACAGCCGAGACCGAUCUGGAAUGUAUUGGUCCGAAUUCAUGCCGGUCUGAAGUCAGUCGGUUCGGUCCAGCAGAUGGAAUGACUUGAGACUGGUCUGAGUUAUUUUCGUCCCGGUCUUAUAUGUAAAAAACUAUUAUAAAUAACACUAUGAUCGAAACGAAACGGUCCCGGUUUGACUUCGUUCCGGUCUCAUGUAAACCUAAGGGACGGGUCAUUGUUUAUGGCGGGGGGUGGCACCGAAGAGAAAAGGGUUGGGUAAACAAAAUUUUGAGUGAGUAAAAGGUUGGGUAAAUGAAAAACGAAACAACUCAAAGGUUGGGUAAUAAAAAUUUAUUGUCAUUUCCAAAGCAUGGUCAACAAUCAUACGUGAAUACAAUAUGUGAAUCAAUCAGAGCAUAUAGACAAUCCAGAAGACAGUCCUUGAUUGUCUAUGCUCUGAUUGUCUGGCAUGUCGUCUGGAUUGUCUAUGAUCAGAGUCACUAUCUUGAUCAUUUUCCGAUUUGUUGGGAGACAAAUUAAUGGUGUCUCCAAAGAAAGUAGAUGUGCAGACAACAUGAAAUUUUAGACUGCAGAAAAGUCAGUAAAUUUCGCAAGCCGAACGUUAUCAAACUCGUAUCACAGAAGUGGUAAAGGACAUGUGUGACAACUGAAUGACAUCCUUUUGUAACGUUUUUGGCCAGGGGUUGGUAUUUAUUUUUUAAAUGAUACUUGAAGUUGGGUAAUCAAAUUUUUUAUUUUUUAAUGGUUGGGUCAGCAAAAUUUUUAGCCUGCCACGCAGGCUACAAAAUUUUUGGCACGAAAACCAUUUCUCUUCGGUGCCACCCCCCCAUAAAUAAUGGCCCGUCCCUUAAAGAUGGCGAGAAAUAGUUCCAAAAACCUUUUUUAACAAUAUGUUUUUUUUUUAAAUAGUUGGCUGGAGACGAAGACCAAACCACAGCAGAUUACAUUCACAUGGGCCAGUUAUCGAACACGGGUGAAUACCACCCUUUGGACAAGGAAGAGCCUCUCGAGCAAUUGGCCACGUGACGGCGAGGUUAGUGGAUACUUUAUGUUAGCGAUAUCAUUGGGUAUCACGAGUAUGAUUAUGUUAGCGAUAUCAUUGGGAUCCCAUCGCGCCAUCUUCCCAUUUUGAUUACCAGUAAACGUGAAAUUUGGCGGUGAGAAAAUACGGUUAUAGUCUGGCAUAAAGAAUUGGUUUAUAUAUGGACUCCGAAUAACAAUGCUAUAUAUUUAUUUGAUGAAAACACAUCAGUUUCAAAAUGAAACUGUGUUAAAACUGUACAUAGAAAUCCUUCGGUCGGACGUAGGAUUUUUUCGGCAAUAUAAAGGUUACAUUACAGCCUGAGUUAGUAGAUGCUCCGAAUACAGUAAAACUAAAAAAUAUAGCGUAGCGAAAUAGUUCGCUACAUUUUUUAAGCAGUAGCUGUAGUCAGUAGCGAACUACCUUUGUUCAAAAGUAGCAGUAGUUGUAGCUGACUACAUAUUUUUGAAGCAGCUGUAGUUAUAGCGAACUACAAAAAUUUUGUAGUCAACCCACCCUUGAUUUUUAAUAACUUCUUAACAAAUGGCCUUCACUUAAAACGUUGAAGUUCUCCUUGUAUUUUUCAGGUAGUUGCAUCCCUAUCAAGGGUGGGUUGACUACAAAAUUUUUGUAGUUCGCUGUAACUACAGCUACUUCAAAAAUAUGUAGUCAGCUACAAUUACUGCUGCUACUUUUGGACAAAGGUAGUUCACUACUGACUACAGCUACUGCUUUAAAAAUGUAGCGAAUUAUUUCUCCAUUUCGCUACGCUAUAUUUUUUUUAGUUUUACUGUAUUUGGAGCAUCUACUAACUCAGAAAUGUAACCUAUAACAAAUCGACUAAUACGAGUAGCAACAGUAAACACAAAGCAACAUGUUUGUAAGCACUAGUCUGCACUACGGUGUUCAAGAGUGCAAAUUGACUAUUGAGUAUUUACUUUAAGCAAACCGUGUCUCAAUAUCAUGCUAUUCUAUCAAGUUGCUAACAAUUUUAAAAAGUAGCGAAUAGCGAUUCGUUGCUUGAAAAGUAGUCAACUGCUUGGCUACUUUUAGGCAAAAUGUAGUUCGCUAUAACUACAGCUACUGUUUUAAAAAAGUAGUAAAAAACUACUGGCUACUUGAAAAUUGUAGUUCGCUACAGUAGCGAACUACAACUACUUCGCUACUACCCACCCUUGAUCCCUAUCAAUCCAAAGUUUGAUUUUAUAGUGAAUGUUUCAUUUUUUUCAGGAUAUUUUCAAGAUGACGUCACAGAAUGUGUGCGAAGUUUCUCUGAUCUGUCCUCAGAGUGUUCUAACGUGCCUAUGUUGUCAGCUGCAAGUUAUUACUCAAAUUUUCAAGUGGCAGUGGUAUGCAGUUUAAAAAGUGUCGAUAUAUAAAUUAACAGCCUUUAAAUGGCAAUGUAGCGCUGAUGGCAAUGUGCCCAAUGUGCCCUACGGUACUUUGUUAUUUUACUCUAUUUAACACCAGACAAGUUCACUCUUCAAGGGGAGAGGGGUUAAUCAGAUUCUCUGCCCACUAAGCUCCUGUUAACCUUUUAAGUGGCAAUGCGCCCUACUUUAUUAUUUUUGCUGCCGCAGCGAGCGAGCAUUAAGUGAGCGAGCAAGGCAGCAGACUAAAAUCGUACACUAUUUAUUACUGGGUAAGGAUAAAACGCGGAUACGGACGGACGGAUGGCGGACGGACGGACGGACAGACGGACGGAUGG